GCAGAAGCUGCUGGCCGAUCUCCUGCACAACCUGAGCGAGAACAUCCUGGCCGAGGACAGGCAGGAGGACGGGAGGUGGUUCGAAGGUCUAGAGUCUCGUUUCAAGAACAAAUCAAGCUACAUGCGAUACAGUUGUGAAAGCAGAAUACGAAGCUACAUGAAAGAGGUUAGUAGUUCUAUUUCAACUGUUCAUCCUACAGCAAGAGAUGCGUACAAAAGGAUCAUUGACCUGAUGUCAGAUAAACUGAGAUCUGUGAAAUACAACGGGUGCUACUUUGACAGGAGAGAGGAGGAGGCAGUCCGGCUGUGCACUGCGGAGGGGUGGUUCUCGUGUCAGGGACCUUUCGACAGAGACGACUGCCCCUCUAAGCACUCCAUCAACCCCUACAGUAACAGGGAGAGCAGAAUCCUCUUCAGUACCUGGAAUCUCGAUCACGUGUACGUACAAAGCAGUCAUCCAGACUUACCAGUUUCAUGCCCUUCGUCUUAGGCAGGAAAGGUGCAGCCAUCAAGUCCUUACCCCCCCGCUGCGCAGUUAGUGCGUGGUGAUAAAAGAUGCUCGGGUGCUGCAGCUGUUCCUGGGAACAUAAAAUCCCCAAGACAGAUGAUAAUGCUGUCUCAUUAGUUGCUCUGCUUCCGUUCAGAUUUUCUUUGUAUGGAAACAUACCCCUCCUCACCACAUCACCCUUUGUAAAGACUCCUCUGGAGCAGAAACCCACAGACCCAUUUUUCAGGCGUUGAGCGCUUGUGAGGCAAACAGGAUUUGCUUAAUCUAAUUUCCUCAGAAAAAAAAAAUGUAAACCUAGUUAUGGCGAAAGAAUUCAAAUUCUGCCUGGCUCUAAAAGGAAGAUGGGGACUUGAUUAUUAUGAAAAGCUUUUGAUGGCAAUAUUGUUUUCUCCUUUGUGUCCUGAAGAAUAGAGAAGAAGCGUGCUGUCGUCCCAGAACUGGCAGAAGCGGUCAAAACGCGAGGUGAACGAGAAGUGAACUGGGAAUACUUCUAUCAGCUGCUCUUUACCGUGGACAAUUUAA